AUGACUAAGAAGAAAAACAGAAAGAAGGCUAUUCGGAGAAUCCUUUAUGAGUUAUCAGAUGACGAAGAGGAUUUAGAACCACCAAAACCACAGGUUUGGAAGAGGACUACUAGGAAUCUGAAUCCGCUUUACAAAGCUGUUAUUAAGGACUCCAAAGAUGAGAAUGAUCCUAUUUUUGAUAUUAAACUUAUAAUGAAGAGAAAGACAAGAACUCUAAUGCAUAGAACUAGAAUGGCGAAUAAUGCUGCUUUAGCUGAGGCCAUCUGCAUGUUGGUUGAGAAUUUGAAUCAGAAUCGAGCUGACCAACUUGAUCCCCAUGCUGAGAUGUUUAAAAAGUUGGCUCAAGUUAGGCCACCGGUUUUCAAGGGAGGUGCUGAUCCUACUUUCUUGGAAAACUGGAUUAGAGAGUUUGAUAAGCUAUUCGUGGCAUUGAAUUGUCACGAGGGUAUGAAAGUUUACCAAGCUGCUAUGUACCUCAAGGAUGAGGCCGAUAUCUGGUGGAGAGAUAAUGCUGAAAUAGUUAAGGCCAAGCCAAAAUUUGGGUGGGAAGUGUUUAAGACUGCAUUGAGGGAUAAGUUUUACCCCCCGUUUUUGAAGAAACAGAAGGCUCAAGAGUUUAUUAACUUAGAGAUGGGCCAAAUGUCAAUCUCAGAAUACUACAAUAGGUUUAUGACCCUUGCCAGAGCAACUUACUCUUUCAUCUUUACUUCUGUUGUACGCAAAUUAAACUUAUCUGAGUCGAGUCAUGUCGAUGUGUCAGUCAGUAGGCAGACUGGCAAACUUGUUCAUUGCAAUAGGUUAUUCAAAGGCUUGCCUUUGAAAAUAGGAGAGGUUGUUUUCCCAUCGAAUCUUAUUGAGUUUAACUUGGGGGACUUGGAUGUCAUUCUGGGGAUGGACUGGCUAAGCUUAUACAAGGCUAAGAUAGACUGUGAGAUACAGAGAGUGCACCUAAGUGAUCCUUUGGGUAAGACGGUGUCCUAUAGACGUUUUGGGAAGCCGAAGGGCAUUGGGAUCAUUUCUGCUUUAAAGGUUAAGAAGUUGGUGAGUAAGGGGUAUCCAUUGUACUUUUAUUGUGUCCAAGAUUUGAGUAAGGGUGAGAAAAGGCGGAUUGAGGAUGUACCCAUUGUGAAUGAAUUUUUAGAUGUCUUUCCGGAUGAGAUUUCGGGGAUGCCACCUAAACGGGAAGUUGAGGUUACCAUUGACUUAAUUCCAGGAGCUGCACCUAUUUCUAAAGCACCCUGUAGAAUGGCACCAGCUGAUGAAGAGUUAAAUAACGUGACUGUGAAGAAUAAGUACCCUUUAUCGAGGAUAAAUGAUUUGUUUGAUCAGUUGAAGAGGGCGAGUGUGUUUUCAAAGAUCGAUUUGAGGUCGGGGUACCAUCAGUUGAAAGUUGCAGAUAAGGACAUUCCAAAGACAACCUUUAGAACUCGUUAUGGGCACUACGAGUUUAUAGUCAUGCCAUUUGGGCUAACCAAUGCACCUUCCAUAUUCAUGGACUUGAUGAACCAAGUGUUUCAUGAAUACUUAGAUAAGUUUGUGGUUGUGUUCAUUGACGACAUAUUGGUGUAUUCGAGGAAUGAGGAGGAACAUGCUCAACAUUUGAGAACCAUUCUAGAAACUCUUAGAAGUAACAAGCUGUAUGCCAAGUUUUCAAAGUGUGAGUUCUGGUUGGAAAAGGUUGCAUUUCUAGGGCACUACAUUUCUAAGGAGGGUGUAUCAGUAGAUCCCGCAAAGAUCAAGGCAGUAAGUGAGUGGCCUACUCCUAAGAAUGUGACCGAUGUUCGUAGUUUCUUGGGAUUAGCUGGGUAUUAUAGAAGGUUUGUUAAAGACUUUUCGAGAAUAGCCGGACCCAUGACCGCUCUUAUGAAGAAGCAAACUAAGUUUGAGUGGAACGACAGCUGUGAAUUUGCUUUUCAAACCCUGAAAGAGCGACUAACCACAACACCAGUACUAGUGUUGCCCGAUGGGAGAGACGGAUUCGAGCAUAAUGGGAGAGUGAUCGCUUAUGCAUCGAGACAGUUGAAGACACAUGAGGUUAACUAUCCUAGACACGAUCUGGAGCUUGUAGCUGUUGUGUUUGCCUUGAAGAUUUGGAGACAUUAUCUUUACGGUGUCACCUACAAGAUCUUUACAGACCAUAAAAGCUUGAAAUACAUUUUCACCCAGGAUCACUUGAAUAUGCGGCAACGUAGAUGGUUAGAGUUCCUCACAGACUACAACGUACACAUCCAAUAUCAUGAGGGAAAGGCGAAUGUUGUUGCAGAUGCGCUUAGUAGGAAGUCGAGUCAUAAUGUUAAUGCUUUGAUUGUGGCUGAUGAAUUGUGUGAGGAGAUGAGGAGACUGAACCUUGAAGUCUUUAGUCAAGGGGAGUUAGAAGGAUUACCGAGUGCCUUGACUAUUCAACCAUCCAUAUUUGAGGAGAUUAAGGAAAAACAAGGGGAGGAUGAGUCAUUUCAGCAGAUUAGGGAUAAAGUGACUAGCGGUGCAGAGACCGAAUUCAAGAUUCAUAAGGAUGGGAAGUCUGAGAUACAAGGAGAGAUGGUGCAUACCGCAGAAGUGUGA